GCCUUACAUGACUUCGAGUUGUAAAUUCCUAGAGAAUAUUGCUCAUCAUGAGACUGGUAAUCAUGCUGUGUUCUGUGCUGCUCGCACACGGGCUCCCUAUUUCAGAGGAAGUUGAAGAUGGUUCCAACGAAUUGCCGACGAAUUACAUAAAAUUGGGACUUCCAUCGCACUCUCACCAUGAUAAUGACCUCAAACCUUUUCCGGUGGAAUCUGAUCCGCACUUCGAAGUAGGGUUCUACAGAGACGUUCUCCCAAAUGAUGAUCCAGCAGCUUUUGAAAUCCCGCAAGGAUUUUCCUUCGUAGCCCAAACGCCUGAAAUUCCGAUCCGUAAUGUCAAGGAUCCCGUAACUCCUUCAAAGAAGAACUUCAUUGGAGUACAGCCAAAGCCCGAAGUUGAAAUUCUGCAGCCAAACCUGCCGGUGUUGGUCUCUGAAAAACAGCAACAGAACAUAAAUCUUAACAAGCACAGCGAGGCUCGCGCGUACGUGUUGUCGGAAUCACGCAGUGAGCCUUCGUCGGACGGUCGGUCGUCAUACGCCUACGAAACAAGCAAUGGCAUUAAAGUCCAGGAGAAAUCCUACACUGACAAAGACGGCUUUAACGUCAUGGAAGGCUCGUACAGCUACACCAGCCCAGACGGUACACCGGUCUCCGUCUCGUACAUCGCUGACAGGUUCGGAUUCCGCUCGCGAGUUUCGUAAACAUCAACAGUGAAUAAAAACGAGCUUCAGGACCGCACGUUCAAAAAAUAUAUGAACAUUGGGAUGAUUCAAAUAACCUUAAAUGUAGUCUGAAAUUGAGGGCACGGUACACAAUCUUGGGUUUCAAGUUGAAGAAUUCAUCUUUUAAUAAAAAAUAUGUCAGGUUGAUAAAUUUAUCAUUAAUAAACGAUGUCUUUUAUUUUAUGAGGAUUUUUAUUCCUGUUUCACUUACGUUACACUUAUACACCACCAUUCGGUUAAAUAAAUGAUGGGUAUUGGUGCAUGUAGUUCCUAUGUUUUAGCUGGUUUCGUCUAUCUGGUCAAGAAAAGUUAAUUUUGAGCCAAUUUUUCACACCGCAAUUGUUAGUUAGAAUCUGCCUUUGUAAAUUUGAGAUUAAGUCUAGUAUUUUUAACCUUCUCUUUCAUUUGGUUAGAUCCGCAAAAACUUUAAAAUCGUGGCGCGUGUUUAGCAGCUUUGACAAUCAUUUGAGAUGUCUGUCGUUGUGCAAAUUUUGAAAAGUC